GGCAAGCUGUCCUUCCGGCUUCGGUCUCGUUCCUACAGUCUGAUGCCACCCACCUCUUACAGUGUCUCAUUGCUAAUAUUGAUGGAUCUAGACUUCAAUUCAAAUUGGCUCCAGCUUAUGCCGUAUACAUGAUAGCCAGGCAUCAUCUUUCCUCUAAGUUCAGCGUCGAUCUAAAUCAUCACCACUCGUCACUCGUCCACAUGUUAAAAUCAACUUGCUCGCUUCUAAAGAGAGCCGUCAAAGAGAGUAAGAACAUUGCCGGACCACUUGCCUUUUGGCUAUCAAACACGUCGGAGCUCUUACAUUUCCUAAGACGCGACUACCAGUUGUACAUGUACGCCCAAGAGUACGAAAACAUGCUAACAAGCAUUAUCCACAUGGCUUACAAGCACUUUACUGAAUGCAUGAUUCGUGAGAUUAGUUUAUACUUGCCUGCCUUUUUAAGUGAUUCUGUUGAUAGUGAAGAGGUGAGCCCCCCUUCUCAGUCCAAGCCAGAGAGAGAAGUCUCUUCGCAGGAGCCUGAUGUUGUUGCAAUUUCUCACGCUUCGUCCCACCCUAGUCUCUACUGGUUGAAGGGUGGAGCUAAAACUAGCAGGAUCAUAACAAUCAAGAGUCUGUUGUCAACGCUUAGCGGGACGCUCUCUCUCCUUCAUCUCUGCAAAGUCAACAGGACUCUCUCUAUUCUUAUAUUUAAUCUUCUCUUUCGGUAUAUCUCAAUGCGUUUGUUCAAUAAGCUAGUCACGGAGCCACGAUACUGCACCAGAAGCAUUGGUAGCCUAUUACUGAGUAGACUUGACAGGCUUAAAGCUUGGGCUAGGACUGAGAGCCUCAAUUUACCAGCUGACGAGCACCUCGCUGUCAUUUAUCAGGCGGCAAAACUAUUGUCUCAUGAUCUAAAGAAUGUGCAUGUGGAUCAUCUGAACGUUCAUUCCCUGAACUCGUGUCAAGUGAAAGCACUUCUUUAUAACAUUGAAGAAAACGAAGGAAAAGAGUCUCUGUCAUCCUUGCUAGUUGAUAAGCUCCUAACUAAUGCUUAUAAUGAAGUGGAUCAGAAGCUUCUGGCUGACGGUCAAGACGUGUAUCUUCAAGAAGAUCCUAACCUUGAACUUCCAUUUCUCAUACCAGAGCAUGGCUACUCCUGUGACACCAUGAGGGGAGUGCCAGUCGGACUGGAGGAGUAUCUUGAGACAGCAAUAGUUUCUGGUUUGUGUCAGUUAACAGUAACUAAGGAUUCACUGGGUUGUUGGAUCCCACCUCGCGUCACUACCUCUAAGCAAAGGGAAUCACCUCUCAGCACACAAGCAAGCACACAGAUGAGUCAAACUUUGCCAAGGAAUUUCCCUUAUUCUCCUUACACAAGCGAACAAAAGGCAUGUCGUCCAAAGUCCUCAAUGGACAUUCCUGAUGGCAAUGAGAGCAGUAUCAUCAGUGUCACUUUGAGUGCCUCUAAUAAUAAGUCGCUUGGAAUUAAUCUCUCUGUCUUUAAAGACUCGAGGGGAAUCAGUGAAUACUUUAUCAAGAGUCUCCUGAGAGAUGGCAGCGCUAGUGAAGACGGUCGUCUUCAGCCUGGGGAUCGGAUCUUGCAAAUUAACAAUACACCAAUCACUGGUCUCGGUAGUGAAGUAGUGGAGAAGCUUCUUCACAGCAGCCAUGGUGAAGCAACAAUUGUGGUAUCAACUUCUGGUCACUCUUUGUCCGAUUCACAGCCGCAGAUACCUACCAAAUUACCGCCACAAAGUCAAAAUGAAAUUUUUCCACCGCCUAAGGAGGGAAGCUCGCAUGCAAUGAAAGCCGCUAGGAGAGAGUUACGUCGCCAGCAACAGACUCCUAGUCGUCAGUCUUAUGACUAUCAUCACCAGCAACAGCUUUACUCACCAGUAGUCCCUCAGUUACCUACUCACAUGACAAAAUGGCUCCAAGAGCAACGGGAAAUAUCUCAGCAAAGGCCAUCUGGCUACCAUCGCUCAUCGAUGCCUCAUGGAGUCAGUCAGAGCAUGUCAUCGUUAAUACAUGUACCUGAACAGGACGAACCUCCCGUUAGUCACUAUCGUGUGACCACUCCCUCAGGCUCUGACGUCUCUGAUAAUCAAAGUGUUCCUGUAAGAGGUCUUUAUGGUAAGAUGACGACUCCUACUUCAUCAAAGCAGCUAUUACCAGGCCAGCAGCAGCAAUACCAAUCUCGUUCUCGCUCCGAGUUUAUGAGUGGUUUCAACGAUGGUAGUUAUACUGAUGAUCUCUCCAAUACGAGUCACUCUCAGACUCCUUUCAAGGAGUUGCUCUCUAACAGUCUUUCGGGCCAAACCUCUGAUGUUGAUACGUCCCAGUCGUAUCCAUCACUAGCUAGAGAGAAACUAAGCAUGGAGGUUGGGUACCACACUCAGCUGAGCUCAACUGGUCUCUCUGUCUCAUCUGUCCUUGAUCACUUGCCCAAGAAAGGAAAGAAAGCUGGCAUUGGCUUACAACUCCAGGGACUUGAGGUAGACGAGAUUGAGCUUGAGAAACAACGCAUGCAAUUGCUGUUUUAUAGACAGCAAAAAGAAAGAAAGGAUCAAUUGGAUCCAAGUUCUGCUCCUGUUGAUGACUCACAGCAGUCAGCUAGUGACGCUUGGCCUGCCGGUAAUGAGCAGCAGUAUGAGGGUAAAGGGCAAGGGGAUGAAGAAGACUUGUUAGUCGAACCCGAGAAAUUACUCCAAGUGGCUAAGAUCAAGCAAGAUUUGGAGUAUGUGAAGAAGAUGAUUAAUGAGCAGAGGAAGAGAUGUCGUGAGCUACAGUUUGCAAAAGAGCGUGGGGAGCAGAGUUUGAAUCAAGCCGAAGCACGUUUUAAGUCACAGAGUCGUCACUUUGUGCCUUACAUGCGUCAUGAAGAUGAAAUGAGGUGGCAGCGAGACCAGAAAAGAAAGCUAAAGGAAUGGGAGAGGUUUAGUGCUGAGAAGAAGAAUGAGCUCCACCACAUUGAAGUGAAGGAGAUUGAAGCAAAGACCAGACUACGUGCACUGGAACAACAUGCCAGCGAUUUAAAGAAGCAGCUUGCUACCUGUGAGAUAAGCUCUCGUGACAUCCCAGAGAGAGACUGGGGAGACAGAAGUAACAAUAAUACUAGACCAAUUCGUGUUACUAGCACUGAAAGCAUUACCACUGGCUCUUCGUGGGUCAGCAGUGAGAAUAUACCAAGGGACACGACUUCAAUCGGAUCUGAUAUCCCAGAGUUUCAAUUCGGGCCCAUUAUAAGAGGGUCGUCUUUGGACUGUCAUUCCGACUCAAGCAGUCCCAAACCUUUCCAACCACAAUGGCACCCAAGGCAUCCCGAGUUGCAUGGAUCAUGCGAAUCGCCGACACUCAUGCACAACUCCGACGUAGCUUUUAAUACCAAGAUUCCUAAAGCUCGUGUAUCGUCCGAGCAAGAAGAGAGAGUAAGGCUCCUUAUAGAAGAGCACACUCAUCACUUGAGUAGCCUGGAGAACAUUCCGUCGCGCUCGGCAAAAGACAAAGAUAUCCAAGUCCAUCAUCUCAAGCAAGAAGUCCGUCGCUUGCAGGACACUCCAGUAUACAUUGGAGGAGGAGGAGGUAUGGGAGGAUAUGACAGUAGAGAGAGUUCACUCUCUUCAUCAACUCCUGAUGUGGUCCCGGUAAUGUACGCUCCUCCUUUAACAGCACGACUCCUAUCUAAUGACACCAAGUCAGAUCACCACAGACCAUCCUCAUCCUCUUCCGUUCCAAACUACUCUAGACCCUCCUUUCAGCAAUCUUUACUAAAGUCCAGAUCCCGUGACGAGCUCUCUCGUGAUAUACCAGAGAAGCAACAUCGUCAUAUAGAGCAGCAGCACAGUGGCGGCCUCUUGGGAGGUGGGGACUUGCAGCAAAGGUAUCAAUACCCCGAGCAGGAUAGUCGGUCUAAUCGAAAGGUUCCUAAAUCCGGCGGGCCACAUAGUUAUAGUCGCGGUCGCCCCGAGCCUCCUAGCAGCGAUGAUAGAAGUAACAGAGUAAGAUUAUCAGGGACCCCUCAAUUAACUACUCGUUAUGUUCAGAGGCAGCAAACUGACUUAUGAAUGACAUUCACAAUCUCAUAUUCAUGUCCAUUGCAUUGUGUGUGUGUGUUUUUAUGCAUUUGUCUGUCAAUAUUGAUUUUAAUUUUAUUCAUAAUGAUGACCUUUAGCAUAGA